AUGCAGUCCCUCACCCGCCUGGCGCGGCCACUGCUCAGCAAGCCACUCUCCUCCGCCAGGACAUUCACCACCCUCUCGCCGCUCCGCCCUUCCCUCACGCCUCUUCGUCGGCCGAGCGCCUUCACGAGCUUCACACCCGCGCCCACACCCGCGACUUCGACCGGCGCCGCCAUCGCCGACGUGGUUCCCACCGGCGCCGUCUCGUCCCACCCGUCGCUGGCCGGCGCGCUGCAGAUGCGCUUCGGCCCGCGCAACACGAUGAACGGACACACGCGCCUGGUGCAGAAGAGGCGGCACGGCUUUCUGUACCGCAUGAAGACCAAGACGGGGCGGAGGAUCCUGCUGCGGAGGCGCCUCAAGGGGCGGAGGAACGUCGCGUGGUGA